AUGCUCUUCAUCGUAGACAGCAGUGGAAAUAUUCCUACCAACGAAUACAACAUUGUGAAAACCAACUUGGCAAAGCUAAUCGGCAAAAUCUGCGGCAAUGUUGGUUUGGGACCAAAGAGUAACAGGGUAGCUCUAAUUGUCUUCUCAAAUAAACCUCAAGAGAUUUUUGACUUUGAUGAUCACGACAAUUUGGCUGAUGUGCAGGCUGCUGUUCGCAACAUUCCGCAUGUUUCGGGUUGCACCUGUACGGGAGACGCUUUAGAGUACGCUAAGACAAUGUUUACCUCGAGUAAAGGAGCUCGAACAGACCGGAAUUCUGUCAAAGAAGUGGUAGUCCUCCUAAGUGGCGGCUCAACCUGUGGACCGGACGUUGUGAAGAAGGCGGCGGAGCUUCAGGAGAGUACAACUGUGUUCGUCUUUGCUAUCGACAGUUUCAGCCCUGCAGGCAGGGAAGAAAUGGACGCGAUUGCCAGUCACCCGCCUUCAAAACAUCUGUUUAACACGGGAUCGUUUUUAGAAUUUAAUGACAUCGUUAGGACAAUUUUAUCCUAUCCAAAUCCCUGUGCCCCUUUAGUGAUCAAUUAA